AGUCAUGCUAAUGAUAGGAGAAGAAGUAGCCGAACUCCUGCCUUUGGACGCGAGUUUCCUUCGUCAAGCAAACAUCUACAAGAGAGGACACCUAACGACCCAAUACACACACGUGGUGAAGCGACAUCCUCUGCCUGCCAUUGUGGAUCUGGAGUGUCAUAAUCAUGAGAAUUGCGGUCGGUCGCCCCUUGUUCCGUUGCCAGUACGUAAGCCUGAUAUAAGCGAGGUGAUGAUCGACCCAACGAUGGAGGACGCCAAGAGAACCGGCCCCCCCGCCCCCCUCAAGGUCGAGCUUGGGAUGUUCCUCGACCAGGCGCUCCUCGAUGUCUUCUCCCAGUACCUUGCGAGUGACGAGGAGCUGAUAGAUCUCGUCCUCGGGCUCGUGAAUAAUGUGCAGGCCUUGUACCGCCACCCGUCGCUCGGUCGCCAAGUGGACCUCACCAUCAGCCACCUGCGCCUCCUCUACACGCAGCCGGAGGACCUGCCUACCUACGACGGCGAGAGAAUCAAACUCCUGAAGGCCUUCUGCGACUACAGCAGGAGGAACAACGACCCCGACGACGCGAAUCCUGAGCAUUGGGAUAUUGGGGUUUAUCUGUCUGGACUAAUAUUCCAGACUGAAUUCCCAGGACUAGUGCAGGCCUUGUACCGCCACCCGUCGCUCGGUCGCCAAGUGGACCUCACCAUCAGCCACCUGCGCCUCCUCUACACGCAGCCGGAGGACCUGCCUACCUACGACGGCGAGAGAAUCAAACUCCUGAAGGCCUUCUGCGACUACAGCAGGAGGAACAACGACCCCGACGACGCGAAUCCUGAGCAUUGGGAUAUUGGGGUUUAUCUGUCUGGCCUAGGUCUUCGCCACGAUGGAGUUUCGAACACAUGCGAUCGUAACGGUUUCAUCAUGGCUGCCGGCAGGGGACUCAGAGGCGCCACCACAUGGUCACCCUGCGCCAAGGAGAAGAUUCAACAGCAGCAGGGCGAGUGCCUCAACGAAGGGGGCGACGCGAGUGCGCAGGCGUGGGACCACAGUGCCUUCGGCGGUCUCCCGGGCCAGCGCUGGGACGCCGCCGCCCAGUGCCAGCUCUUCCUCAAGGACAGCGAUGCCCGGAUGGAGAAUGUGUCCAGGAUACACUGGUGCCGCGGGGGAAAGUGCGUGCCAUGGGGAAGCGAUGGCCCUCUCGAAGUCGUGCCCGGAGGAUGGGGCCCCGUGACCACCAGCGAGUGCCAGUCCGGAUGCGUCGAGGGAGGCACAGGCUGGCAGGUGUCCCGACGCCCUUGCAAUAGCCCUCCCCCCAAGAACUCAGAGAAGGGCUGCGUAGGACCGGACCUGCGCGUGUCCUUGUGUUCGGACGAGAAGGUGUGCGGCGUGACCCCGAGGCGGACGGUGGCGGCGCUGGCGGGUCACAUGUGCAAGACGGUCGCAGAGCUGAAGAAGGAGAUCCUGCCGGAGGGACUGCAGAUGGCCUACAACGCAGACCUCCCCUGGCAAGCGUGCGCCCUCUACUGCCGGAAGCGAAACUCGAGCAGCCUGUGGACGCCGCGCUACGAGUUCAAGGACAACCCGAGCGUGGCGGCGCACCUGCCUGACGGGACGCCCUGCCACGACGGCGCCUUCGUCUGCCUCAAGCGACAGUGCGUGCCGAGGGAUGCAGCAGUAGCCAAUCAGCGCUCAGAAGGGACGAAGGUGAUACCUGAUGACGUCAUAGCCCGCAGCGCCAAUGAGGAUUAUGAAUUUUCUCCGAUCGACUUGGAUAACCUUUAUGAAUGAGGAAGAAACGUGACGACUUUAUUAAUGAAAAAAAAGGGGGAAAGAAAUAUGAGAUGCUUUCUUUCAUUUUAUUAGGAUCUAAUCUAGUCUUUAGAUUAAAAAAAUAAGGAGACUGAGUUGAUGAAGUGAUCGUGUUUUUUUGUUGUUGUUUUUUUAAGUCUUAGUUGCGCAUUGUUUAUCUCUUUUGUUUUAUUGUUUUUUUUUCGUUUUUGUUUUCCCUUUUCUAGCCCUUCUUUUGUUUCUUUUCGAAUGUAUUAUAUUUUGAAUGAAUAACCAUGCAAUAAACGCGUUCGUUUA